UCCGGCGGGAUCCGGUGCGGCGCAGGCAGCAGCGGCCCCCAACCUACCCAUGGGGCCGGGGCCCGGGUGCGGGCCCGAUUCCGGGCCCGGGGGGCGCGAACCCGCAACCGGACACAGGAUUGCCUGCCUGCCCACCCGCCAUGGCCGGCGCGUAGCCCGUGGCUGCAGCCGCGGUGCCUGGUGGUCAGAGCCGCCGCUGCAUGUGCCCGGGGGGGCCCCGCCGAGGAGAGAGAAAGGAGCCAGGGAGUCUGCCGCCAUCGGGGCUGGAUGCAUCGCACUGUGGACCAGCUCGGGGGCCGGGCCGGACGGGAUCCUUUCACUCUCGGUGGCCUGAGCUGCAGCGGGGCCUGGACGUCCUGCCACUCUCGCCCAUGGCUCUCAGGCAACAGGUGCUCCUCCAGCCUUGGCCAGUCCCAGCUGCCGGCGCAUCUCCCGGCCGCCCACAGCGCUCAUGUUGGGCACCCCAGUAAACCCUACUACCCCCCGGGGGGCUGUGUGGGGCCGCGGGCGGCGCCGGGGCAGCUGGAGGCUGUGCAUGGGUGCGCGCAGGCGCUGCUGCGGGACGCGGCGCAGCCGGCGCUGUGGGAGCAGCUGGGGCAAAUCUACGAGGCGGCACAGGACCUGGAGGAGGCGCUGCGCUGCUACCAGCAGGCCGCCCGCUACCAGCGUGACCACCCCUACGGGCCCCUGGCCACUCACAUCGCCCGCCUCCAGCAGGCCCAGCUGUGGAGUUUCCAUGCUGGCUCUUCCCACCACCGCACGAAGGCGCUGCCCCCAUUGCAGCAGGUCUGGAACCUCCUGCACCUCGAGAAGCGAAACUUCUCCAUCAAGCGCAGCCCCCAACUGAAGCGCCCAGCACCACCCAUGGAGCCCCCCGUGGUGCAGCCCGUGCCUCCCGCCCACCACGGCCAUGGCCACGGCCACGAGGACCUGCCCAGCCCUGUGAAGAGGAGGAGGAGCACCAGCCCUGACCAGAGUGGGGCAGCGUGUAGCCAGCACCCGCCAGGGCCCGGUGCCCCCCACUACCAGCUGCCCAAGCCCGGGCUGUGGAACCCCAUUCACGGCGAGCCAUGGGGGCUCGAGCGCAAGAGCAUCGUGGCCCCAGAGAGGCAGGAACCGAGGAACUCAGUCGCCCACCCCUUCCCCUACCCAGCGCCGGCCUAUGGUUCCCACCCGCCCCCCCACCGCCUGCCCGCCGUGGGGCCCAGCCCCCGCACGCCUCCGGCGCCCCCUGGCCCCCGCCCCCCCGGAGACAGCCAUGGCAGCCAGGCCCGCCCCACUGGAAGUGACCUUACAGAGAGCAGAGUUCCUCGGGCGCCGGCGGACUCGAGCGCUUCACCAGCAACCAUCUCCUGCGUGCCUUACGCCCCACGCCCGCCCCCGCCCACGGGCGGCCCCGCCACCAGCACCACCCCGCGGGGGGAGCAUGGCGCCAGCCUUGGUCCAGACCGGUACCAAACCGUGGCCCUGGAGCCGUCGUCCACAGCCCCGGAGAGCAUGGGCUGCCAGCCACCACCGCCCUGCCCCAGCACCCGAGACCCCCCUGGCCUGGCCUGUCCCCAGCCCACCCCUCCCCCCGUGCCCUGGCUGAAGGCCCCAGCAGAGAGCAAGGCCGGGGGCAGGGACCCCUUGGACGAGAUCCUCUUUGGGGAGCCCCCGCUGGGCCCCCGCACCUCUCCUGGCCCCCCCCGCCUCGGCUACCCGGAUUCCAGCACCAGCAGCCGCGGAGGCCGGCCCAGCCCCCCGCCACCCCCUGCACCCUCCCCGCCCGCCUACCACUGCCCCUAUGGCAAGCAGGAGCCCCCAGUACCCCCCGACUUCUGGCUGGAGACGCCCCCCCGUGAACCACGGCCGCCAGAGCCUGGGGCCAAGCCCCCGACCCCCAGCCCCCCAAAUACCUCAGGAAGCUUCAGGGCCCAGCCCAGCCCCCCGCCGCCACCACCACCAACGCCGAGGGCUCCCUCAUACCCAAAGACGCUGCCCUUGGAAGGGGCCCCCCCUGGAGCCGCCCGGCGCCUCUUCGACUUCCCUGGCUCGGCCCUGGACGACCAGUUCGAGGAGCCCCCCGAGAUUCUACCUGAUGGCCUGGCCAACAUCAUGAAGAUGCUGGACGAGUCCAUCCGGCGUGAAGAGGAGGAGGAGAAGAAGGAAGGGCAGCGCGAGGACCGGCCCGCAGCCCCCGCCUUCCUGCCCAGCCCGCCCCCCCUGGCCAGACCAAAGCCGCCGGCGUCCCCCUUUGAAUACACCAAGGACAAGCCGGCGCCCCCGCAGCUCUACCCGUUCGGCAAGGCUGAGGAGCGCCGGCCUGCCCCCGCCCCACGUGGGCUCCUCAAGUCCCUGGCUGGCGCACUGGAGGUCCAGAAGCAUUUGUAUGGCGCCAAGGCCCCCCCGGCCCCAGGCCCCACCCCCGGUGCUAACACGACCGCCCCGGUCGGUGCCAUCCAGGUCUCAUCAUCUCAAUACUCUACCUCAACACCAGCCUGGGCUGGAGGUGCCCAGGAGAAGGAGAAGGAAGGCUCAGCGGAGCCACGGCCGCCCCGCACGGAGUCAGAGGUGCUGGAAGAGAUUAGCCGGGCCUGUGAGACACUGGUGGAACAGGCGGGCCGGGAGCCCAGCCCGGUGGCCCAGCCCCCAACACCGCCGGCCACUCCGCCCCCACCUGCCCCCCGGGUCAAGGAGGAGGAUGUGGCGGUGACAGUGGGGUCAGGGCCGCGGCGGCGUGACCGGGAGCACCGGCGGCACCGGCGCACUGGCCGAGAUGGGGUGGGCCGGCGCCACCGCGACCCCAAGGGCAAGAGCCGCCGGGUCCUAGCCAACCUCGACUUGCAGAGCAGUGAGAUCCACGCCCGGGAUGGUGCUGCCAAGACCGAGAUGGGCAAGGCCUCCAAGAUGUCAACGUCGCCCCCCACCGCACCCACACCCCAGCCCCUGCCGCGCCCAGCCCGCAGGGAGGAUGUUGGGGGUGGCCCGGCUGUGAUGAGCUCUGCUGACCUUCUCAAGCUGCGCUCAGUCACCGAGGGGCCCCCUAAGGAGCUGAAAAUCCGGCUCAUCAAGGUGGAGAGUGGGGACAAGGAGACCUUCAUCGCCUCGGAAGUGGAAGAGCGGCGCGUGCCCCUGGGCCAGCUCACCAUCAACCACAGCGCUGCCGAGGUCGUCCGGGCUAGCAAGCACGCCAAGGUGAAGGGCAAGUUCAAGGAGUCAUACCUGUCGCCCGCCCAGUCUGUCAAGCCCCACAUCAACUCAGAGGAGAAGCUGCCGCGGGACAAGCUCAACCCCCCCACACCCAGCAUCUACCUGGAGAGCAAGCGGGAUGCCUUCUCGCCCGUCCUGCUUCAGUUCUGCACUGACCCCAAGAACCCUAUCACUGUCAUUCGGGGGCUGGCCGGCUCCCUACGCCUCAACCUGGGCCUGUUCAGCACAAAGACGCUGGUGGAGGCGAGUGGGGAGCAUGCGGUAGAAGUGCGCACCCAGGUGCAGCAGCCCUCAGAUGAGAACUGGGACCUCUCAGGCACCCGCCAGGUCUGGCCCUGUGAGAGCAGCCGCUCCCACACUACCAUCGCCAAAUAUGCUCAGUACCAGGCCUCUUCCUUCCAGGAGUCCCUGCAGGAGGAGAAGGACAGCGAUGAGGAGGAGACAGAGGAGCCUGACAGUACCACAGAGACACCCCCCAGCAACCCGGACCAGAAAUCCCAUCAGAUCAUCAAGUUCGGGACCAACAUUGACCUCUCUGACGCCAAGCGGUGGAAGCCACAGCUGCAGGAGCUGCUGAAGCUGCCGGCCUUCAUGCGCGUGUCAUCGACGGGGAAUAUGCUGAGCCACGUGGGUCAUACCAUACUUGGCAUGAACACAGUGCAGCUAUACAUGAAGGUACCUGGCAGCCGUACCCCAGGCCACCAGGAGAACAACAACUUCUGCUCCGUGAACAUCAAUAUUGGGCCGGGCGACUGUGAGUGGUUCGCAGUGCACGAGCACUAUUGGCAGACCAUCAGCGCCUUCUGCGACCGGCACAGUGUGGACUACCUGACAGGUUCGUGGUGGCCCAUCCUGGAGGACCUGUACCAGGCCAAUAUCCCUGUCUACCGUUUCGUGCAGCGGCCCGGUGACCUGGUGUGGAUCAACGCCGGCACUGUGCACUGGGUGCAGGCCACCGGUUGGUGCAACAACAUUGCCUGGAACGUCGGGCCCCUCACAGCCUACCAAUACCAGCUGGCGCUGGAGCGCUACGAGUGGAACGAAGUGAAGAACGUCAAGUCCAUCGUGCCCAUGAUCCACGUCUCGUGGAAUGUUGCCCGCACCGUCAAGAUCAGUGACCCCGACCUCUAUCGGAUGAUCAAGUACUGUCUCAUGCAGUCGAUCAAGCACUGCCAGGUGCAGCGCGAAGGGCUACUGCGGGCAGGCAAGAAGAUCGCCUACCAGGGCCGUGUGAAGGAUGAGCCAGCCUACUACUGCAACGAGUGUGAUGUGAGUUCCACCCCAGGGCCAGGGGCAAGGCCCCGUGGCCCAGCUCACCAUGGGAGGGAGACAGGGGAGGGGCUUUCCCUCAGCCCUGGUGUCCUGGGGGCUGCUAUGCUACACCAGUGGGGCAGAAAGCCGUCCCCUCGAUGGCUCUGCCCCUUCCGAAUCCAGUUUCUGUAGCCCUGUCCGUGGAGGCGACCACGUAGCCUGUCCUCCGCUGGCUGCGGCGACCCCUCCUGCGCCUCUUUCCGUGCUUUGGCCCUGCACGGCCCCCCUGGGCGGCCGCGUCCCCUUUCCGCCCCCCUCUUUUUCCCCUCCACCCUCCGUGGCCCUGUCCACUGUGGCGUGUAGGGCUUGUUUGACAUGUGAAACGCUUCCUUGUCCCCCCUCCAGCCGGGGGCCGCGGCCGCCUUCUGGGCCGGCGAUAAGGAGAGGGGUCGUAAGGGGCUAAAAGCCACAAACUGUAAGUAUUCAGCGGCUCCGAGGCCAUGUCAGGGCAGGAGACGUGUAAGAGUUCUCUCGAAGGCCACGUCAAAGCCAGAGAUGCAUGAGAAAAGGCCGCAUCAGGGCAGGAGACACUUGGGUGCUCUCUUGAAGGCCGCAUCAGAGCCAGAUACACAUGAGAGAGGCCACGUCGGGGCAGGAGCCCCAUGGGUGUUCUCUCGAAGGCCAUGCCAGGGCAGGAGACAGGUGGAUGGUCUCUUGAAGGCCACACCAGAGCCAGAGAUGUAUGGGAAAAGGCCACAUCAGGGCAGGAGACACGUGGGUGCUCUCUCAAAGGCACAUCAAGGCAGGAGAUAUGCAGGAGUCCUCUGAAGACCAUGCCAGAGCCAGAGAUACACUGGGAAAGGCCACGUCAGGGCAGGAGAUGCGCGGGAGUUCUCUCAAAUGCCACCCCGGGGCCAGAAAUGCACAGAGAAAGGCCACAUUGAGGCAGGAGAUGUGCAGUGUUCUCUCAAAGACCACGAAGGCAAGAGAUACAUGGGGAAAGGCCACAUCAGGGAAGGAAACGCACAGGAGUUCUCGCAAAAGGCCACAGUAGAGCCAGAGAUACAGGAGACACGUGGGUGCUCUCUCUCAAAGGCCACGUUGGGGCAGAAGACGCAUGGGUGCUCAAAGGCCACACCACGGCUGGAGACACAUGGGAGAGGCUAUGCCAGGGCUGGAGACACGUGGGAAUUUUCUCGAAGGCCACAAAGGCAAGAGAUACACGGGGAAAGGCCACAUGAGGCCAGAUGAUGCACAAGUGUUCUCUAGACCACACCACUGGAGACGCACUGUCAAGCCACAUGGCAGCAGGACAAGUUGGUCCCCCUGCCGAGGCAGCACGUAGUUGGGCACUUCUGUCAGCCAUGUCAGGGUGGAAGACACUAGAGCAUCCCCUCCAGGGCCAGCCAGAGGCAGAAGACGGGCACUGUGCCCCAUAGCAGCACACACACGGGCGUCAAUUUCCAGAGCAGAAGAGGCAUGGGCCAGGCCGUGACAUAGCUGUUAACCAGCCUGGCAUGGGGCCAAGCAGAAGACACACAUGCCCUCUCAUGGCCCACACCAGCACAGAAGACUCGUGAGCAUUCUUAUGCUAACCACGUGGGCAUCCCCUCUCCAGCUACAUUGGGGCAGAAGACAAGGGCCAC